UAUAGAGAAACAAAAACAAAAACAAAAAACAAAAAAGUGGGAAAGAAAUUAAUUGAUAUAAUGGCUGAGAAAGAAGAGGGUGUGAAGCUUAUAGGGUCUUGGGCAAGCCCAUUCAGCCGUAGAGUCGAGAUGGCUCUCAAACUCAAAGGUGUGCCAUACGAUUACUUGGAUGAAGAUUAUUUGGUUGUCAAGAGUCCUUUGUUACUUCAACUCAACCCGAUUUACAAAAAAGUGCCUGUUUUGGUCCACAAUGGUAAUGUACUACUCGAGUCACAGCUGAUCCUUGAAUACAUAGACCAGACAUGGACACACAAUCCAAUUCUACCUGAAAAUCCGUACGACAAAGCCAUGGCUCGAUUCUGGGCCAAAUUCGUCGAUGAACAAGCAGUACCAUCAUUCAGGUCGCUGGUGAAAUCGGAGAAGAGUAUUGAUGUUGCAACCGAGGAAGUUCGACAACAAAUUAUGUUCCUUGAGAAUCAAAUCACGGAGAAAAAAUUCUUCGGCGGAGAGACAAUAGGAUUCUUAGACAUGGUCGUGGGAAGUAUGAUCCCAUUUUGUCUAGCUCGAGGUUGGGAAGGUAUGGGAAUUGAUAUGAUUCCAGAGGAAAAGUUUCCAGAACUAAACAGAUGGAUCCAGAAUAUGAAAGAAAUUGAGAUCGUAAGGGAAUGUAUUCCUGAUAGAGAGAAACAUAUUGUGCACAUGAUGAAAAUUGUAAAGCUAAUGAAAGCAACCUAGGAGACAACAUAUUUGUAUUUGCAUUGUUAUUUAAACCUUUUAAUGAAUAAUCUACUAAAUAAAGAUGAGUGAUAUAACAAA